AUGGCAUGGCAAGGGCCGAGCUGUGUUGCUCGCGCUCUCAGAUCUGCGCAGAAUAGCUUUCGACGGGAAGCUCACCUCUCCCGCACAACAUGUCUAUCCGCGACCACGACACAUCCGCAGUCCCAAAGACGCUCAUUAUCGACAUCACCCGAGCAACAUGUUGAAAUCACCGCUGCUCCUCCAAUUGAUACGACGAAACUGAAAACUUCCCCCCAACGUAUUCUCCCUGCUUCGCCUGCCUAUUUCACCGGAACUCCGAAAUUUAUCGACCAUGUGUUGAAGCUGGAACAGAUACACAGUAAAUACUUCAUGCUACCUACUGUCCCUGCAGGUGAAGCACCACGGACGGCGUUUCUUAAACACUCAGAUUACAAAAAUGCAAUAAAUGAGGAGGUGCCUGCUGCCAAAUAUCGCCAGCUCCAGAAGAUUCUCUCCAGAUUAAACCAGAUCCAACCGGACAAGGUGCCCCAGGAAGUGAAAGAUAUCCUCAAAACUUUCACACGACCUGGCGAUCCCUACCAGCAGAAAAUUGUACCCAAGAAGCUCGAUGAGAUGGGCAGGGCUAGAGGCGUUGGCAGACGAAAAACAUCGCAUGCGACAGUGUGGUUGGUUGAGGGCGAAGGGAAAGUGCUAAUCAAUGGCAAAAACAUUGUCCAGGUCUUCCCUCGCGUCCACGACAGGGAGAGUGCUCUCUGGCCUUUAAGGACGACGAAUCGGUUGGACAAAUAUAACGUUUUUGCUGUCACGCGAGGUGGUGGUGUUACGGGUCAAGCAGAAGCUAUUACCGUUGCUCUGGGAAAGGCUCUAUUGGUUCAUGAGCCAGCAAUGAAGCCAAUCCUGAGGAAAGCCGGUUGUAUCUCGACGGAUCCUCGACAAGUCGAGAGAAAGAAGCAUGGUCAUUUGAAAGCCAGAAAGAUGCCCGCCUGGGUCAGACGGUGAAGGAAUCGUUACCGUUUGUCGCACAUUUUUCCACUUCUCUUUUCUCCUGUAUUAGCCUCAUACUUUUACCCCCCUUCCCCCCUUUUUCCCUUAGCGCGAACCUGUAUAUCAAACUUUUUCUAUAUAACUUUUUUUUUGUUUCUUAUCCACCUACGCGCGGCUUGUUGACGGCGUCGGAGAGCAAUAGAGAAUAAUUCCAUUCCCAAACCUACCACGUAACCGUGGAAUCAACAAAUGUUCUUGUUUUCCUCGAUGACUAUAAUAUCAUACAUGGGAUGAUGUUACGAGAGGAUUCCAAAACAAAGGGGACAGCCCUCCCAGGAAUAUUGGAGAAUAGCUAUUCCUAGAAUUUAGAGUUCAAUUAUGCAAUGCCACUGUGAUUUUCUCACAGAGAAUUCCAGAAAGGGUUUGAAUACC